AUGGCCAAUAUUGAUGAACCGAUCUAUGUGGCAUGUCGACGAGCACUUGGAUUGGAUGGUUCAAGUGAGAUUAGCGGUUUACUAUCGAAUGUUCAAGAUAUUGACGUGUUAACUGAUCAUGUUAUCAAUGUUGUACAAGCAAAAAUGCGUGAGCAAAAUUCAAUUAGAGAUGUGGCUAUAUUUGUGCGUCCAUUUGUGGAAUUAUUUAUGGACUCGACGAAUGCACCUCGAAUGUAUACAAUUAAUAAACUAUUGAAGAAAAUGGUGGAGUUUCAUCCACCAUUAGCGAAACCAUUUGCCGAGGGUAUUUUACAACAUCCGCGAAUGAAUUUUGCUCUACCAGCCUUGAUAUGGAAUUCGGCUAUGGAUCUUCUGCAAUUUCUCGUGCGCUUUCCAGAUUAUAAAGGUAUUCGUGAUAUUUUCAAAUUGUUAUUAGAAAAAGUGCAAAUGCUCAUGUCACAUACACCAAUACAAGAUAUUGAAAAAGUUUUUAAGUUCUAUACACUUGUUGCUCUUAUUAUGAAUCCUGAUAAUAAUCUGCAACUGAGUUACUUCAUACAGAACGAAAUCAAACAAACGUUGCCUUGGGGUAAACCUGAGAGCCCAUAUCCACCCUGCUUUUCAAGUUUAUUAUUGAAAUUUAUUGACUCAUUCCGUCCAACAGCUCAGCUAGUGUCUAUCACCGGUCGUGAUAUGCUCUAUCCUAUUGUUGGUUAUUCAAAUUAUGCAUCGAUUUUAUGGCGUUUGCAUUUUGUGAAAUUGAAAUUUCAUCAAACAGCUCCAUUACCAUUUGAUAGAGCACAGGUUCAACCGCAAACGGAGUUAUUCUGCUAUGUCAUUAAACAAUUGAAUUCUCGUGAUCUCGCAUUUAGUUUAGUUGGCAUUGCACGAAAUAUAAAACAACGAAUCACGGCAAUCGAAGAAUCACUAGCUGACUUAUUAAUAUGGAAUAUAUUUGAAACAAAUAAAAAUCAAGAUUUUGAAGGUCAAUUACAUUUAUGGACUGUUACAGCACAUAUUGUCCUCGUUUAUGUCCAAAAUGUUUGCGUAACUUUAAGUGGCAUCCUUAAUACAAUCAAUAUCAAAGUUGCAUCGUUUCCUGGACCUGUCUAUGGGGUCGGUCGAGAUUGGCUUAUGUGGUUGAUUGGACAAAUGCUUUGUCAUAUAUUGUAUAAAAACCAAGGCAAACCAGCUUGGUCUGAUUAUUUGAUAUUACUUGACCUUAUACGAAUACUAUAUCCAGAUACUCAAUCAUUACCCGAACCUGACUAUCGUGAAUUCCAGUCGGUUGUGUCGAUAGCAGCAGCAUCGAAUUGGUAUUUUCUCACGACACGAGUCAUACCAGCCAUCGCAGCAUCGUCUCCGACAGUAUCAUUGCCACAGCAUCAAACUCCUGUUGCACUGCAAAUGCAUAUUGAAGCGUUGAAGUCCUUUGAAGACCGCAAAUUAUCAUCUAUUGACGAUUAUCGAUUUUAUAUUGCUUGGAACCUUGUUGGUAAUGAUGCCAAAGCCAAUUCACCUUACAUAGAUACUCUUUUCAAAAUUUAUAUUCUCAACUCUUCGCAAUCCAUUCCAUCAAGUCAUAUUAGUCACAAUGUUUUCGGUCCAUCGGAAGGUAUUCCGUAUCGAUCAUUGGAUGCGAUGAGUGCACAUGUCAAAUGUCUAAUCGCCAAGCAGUACUAUCAAGAAAUUAUCCUAAAAAAUAUGUACAACGCAACUCAAUGGUCAGCAGUUUCACCGGGUGGCGUGGAAUCUUUCGCACGCUUGUUGGCUUAUCCAGAAGUAGAACAAGAUCGAUUGAAAGAAUUGCUAAGUCUAACCGAAGCGAUCAUUAGCAAGAAUUGGUAUUUAGGCGCACAUUUACUGGCAGAAUUAUUUACAUUUCGACUUCAUCGCAUUCCAACGUCAACACGCGCACAACUUUUACAGCAAUUCUCAGGAAUAUUGGUGUCACCACAGCAUGCAGGUCAUCCACAGUUGUAUUGCGCAAUACAAAAUCUUCUACUCAAUCUUAUUCUUCAAUUCAAUUGCACGGAUCUCUUUAACCAAGUGCCAAAGCUAAUCGAUUCGAAAAUGUUACAAUCCGUUUUUACGAAAGAAUCAGAAGAAAUCAAUAAAGUUUUUAUUUUAUGCAUCGCUCGAUCCUUUAUCAUAACAGGUUUACUGAUAAUCGGUACCUUGAAUGAAAUAACUAAUUUAAGAUGGUCUUCCCUAGGUUCUGAAUCCAUGCCUGUUCCUUGGUGUACAGAUUUUUUAACUCAUAUCAUGCAAAUCACACCACAUGGUUGGUCAGCAUCAACAUUAGAAGCUAUGCCGAGUUUCAUGGCUGAAUGGUAUCGAGCACAUCAGAUCAGCGAUGCUUAUCGAGAUAUACGAGCACGUGUUGAUGAUGAUUAUAAAAAACUAACUAAUUCAGCAUCGCUGGCAAACGAACAAGAAAUUGUCAAACAUUUUAGCCAACCGAAUAAUACAACUUGCUUCUGCGUAUUUCUCAAGCUAACUAUUGAAGAUCGUCCAUUACGUUCAUAUAUCAAUACGUUCUAUGAAAUAUUCAAAAACCUUUUGACACGUUCAAUGAAUGCGCAUUAUCGUACGUUGGCAGAAUAUAUUCUACGUGAAAUAACUCUACAACAAAAUCAUAGUCAAACCUUUAUGCAGAAAUAUGCUGAUGCAGUUGUGAACAUGGCAACACGCUAUAAUAUUAUUCAACUUGAUCGACUUUUGUUGAUUCUAUUUCUUCGACCAUUGGAUGAAGCCAAAACACCCUACGUGCAUAUUCUGUUCUAUUUCAUGAUUAAUUCAAGUGCAUUAUCAGAGAUUAUCAAAGAUUUUGGUAACAUUGCAAGAAGUAUAUCCGGUGAUAUUUGGAGUAUGAAAAAUUUCCAUGAAAAAUUCCAUUGUGAAUAUCACAAGAAAAACAUCGAGCGUUUCUUCAUGGAAGGUCUUAUCAAGGAUUAUUUACAACCAUCGAUGGAACGCUGUUUACCAACUUAUUACAGCAAUAUGUGUCUUCGUCUUCUACCGAUCUUUGAAUUAAUUAUCAGUCGAAUGUUUGAACACAUGCCCAAUGCACGUAUUGUGGAUACUGUCUUGCCAAUUGCUCAGAAUCUCUUUCGUGCACAUGCUGCACCGGUGACAUUUUUGUAUAAUACUUUAUUUGUUUAUGAGAAAAAAUUACGCGAAAAGUUCAACUUUCGGCAAUCAUUAAUCAUCGGCACACUCGGGAAUAUCUAUCAUAUGCGCAAGAUGGAAUGGUGUUUUUCCAAUAAUUUUACUUCUUAUAUCGAAAAUCAUCUUCGUCCCGAUGGCGAAAAACGUCAACUACCAUCACCUGUUUUCAAUUCACGUUAUGCCAUUGAUCUUCUGCAUAAACUUGUGGAUGCUAUCUAUGAGAAAAGCUCCUACGAGUACAACAUCGAUUGGCGUUAUAAUGAAUUCGCAAAUCCAUCAUUACAAUUGAUUCACUGCCUAGCAAUUGAAAUCUUUUUUUAUACUGGCCAAGAAAAUUUCAAUCCGUGGAAAUUAUUCGCAGAGCCAUUUAUAUCUGCCGAUAGUUUGAUACCUCGGGCACAUUAUUUGAAAUAUCUCAACACCAUGGGUCUUCUUUUUUCUGCCUUACCAGAAUACUAUUGGUCGAAUUUAUUCGAACGUAUGUGCCAAAUAUUUGAACAUCCACUGCUAUUACGUUGUUCACCAACUGACAUUAUGGAUUUACUUAACUUUCGUGAACGAUUUUGUACACAUACAGAAAAUAUGGUAUGCUGUUUCGUGGCUGUCGUUCAUUCAAUUUGGCUACAUGGUAGCAUCAGUCAUUUGCAACCAUUUCUUAGCCUAGUUCAAGUUCGACUUUCGCAAACAAUCAAAACUGAAAAUCAACUUCUCUUAGCAUUUCAAUUGAUUGGACCAUUUCUUCAACGUAUUCAAACUGAAUCGACAAAAUUACUACUUGAAUUUGUUAUCGUCCCAUACGAUCUCAUUGCACGCGUUGAUGUUCAUCAACAGGCGUUUGUGAAUGUGGAUACCAUCGCUAACUUUCUCUAUCAUAUCAAAUAUAUUGUUGUUGGUGAUGCAAUACGUGAUCGCAUUGAAACAGUCGUGAAUAAUCUUCAUUGCGAAAAGCUUCGAUCACGCCUUCACUUUCUUUGUGCCAAGACGGACGUCUCAUCCACUAUUCAUUCUCAAGGACCAGCAUCGGCAGCCACACCUUCAUCCGCAUCCAACGUGGAUCCGUCAAGUGUUAACGCACCGACACAUGGACAAUUGAAAUCCGGUACAUCUACGAUGCAAAUGCAGUACACGACAGCUGCCAUGCAAGUACCACCUUAUGGCACACCACCCCAAAAUAUUCAACAACAUUUCCAACUAACAACUGGCGCUACUAGCGGAAUGGGACCGGAUGGAAAUCCGGCACAACAACGUUAA